UAAGUAGUUAGAGCCGAGCUAGCCAAGAGAUUACGUCGACCAAAGGUCUGACAAAGUAAUUCCAGUACAGUUCGUGGAGACGUGAAACCCCAAGACUACCAUAGCUUCCUACUACCGAGUGUGAGAAGAGCUCCCCGUGACCUUCCUUACAGUUCAAGACUUCCACUUAGUUGCUGUUUCUUUAACGUACAUAUGAACCCUUGAAAGUAUCUAUUGGAAAUUACGGAGAAAAUGUUAAAAACCGGAAGAUCGAGGUCUCUAUUGAGGGUAGUUAUUGCGGUGGUUUUUGUUUCAGUGCAAAGUGUUUCCUGCUAUUCAAUACCUGAGCCCAAGUUUGAGAUUCUCGAGCCCAAAGGGUUUCGUGUAUCAAUUCCAGAUGAGCCAGGCCUGCGACUUUUCGCUUUUCACGGUGCCGUUGAUCACAGGGUAGAAGCUUCCCAGCCGGGUGACCUGGUUGGCGAAGUCAUCAAGCCUACAAAUGGUCGUUGGGUGUAUGAAAAUAGAAAAUUCUUCCUAGAACCCGGUCAAACGAUUUACUACUGGAUUCAUGUGCAGCACGAAAGUCGAGGCUAUCGAUUAACCGAUAAGCAAUAUCGAGUUGGUUCAGGCUCGGGUUCACAGGAACCAGUCACCACCCCAACUAAGCCAACUUCACCACCAGAAACCUGUGGUGAAACCAAAACCACGGUUCGGGGAAGGAAUGUAUGCCAGGGUGAACUGAUCUUCGAGGAUAAUUUCAAUAUUUUGAACUCAACGGCAUGGAGGCGUGAAGUUCGAAUACCACUCGAUGUGGAUGAUGCUGAUUUUGUCAUGUACGACGAUAAACCGGACAAUUGCUAUAUUACAGAAGGGAAGUUGUAUAUCCAACCCAAUCGUAUCGAAGAUAUUCCUGGCUAUGAUGAAAUAAAGAUUCGCAGUGGAGAAAUCAAUUUCGGAGAAAAAUGCACGGGAAUUGUUGAUCCCGAACGGGAAUGCAAGCGGCAAGCAGGAUUGUUCCGAAUUCUACCACCAAUAGUUUCGGGAAGGAUAAAUACAAAGGAUUCGUUCUCGUUUCGGUAUGGAAAAAUCGAAGUAAGAGCUAAAUUACCGAAGGGAGAUUGGCUGUUUCCUUUAAUUGCACUAGAACCGCAAACAAGUGACUAUGGAAUAUCGGGCUAUGCCUCCGGACAACUUCGAGUCGCCUACAUUCGAGCUAACCCAGUACUGAGGACUAGAUCAGGUCAAGCAAUAGAUGGUUCUUAUCUGUUUGGAGGUGCCAUUUUGAAGACGGGAGAAGCUGAUCGUGACUCCUGGCUGAAAAGUAUUCAAGGAUCUGAACAUUGGGGCAAUCAAUUCCACACAUACUCGCUAACUUGGACGGACAACUCCAUUACCCUUGCUGUCGACGGCAGCCCAUAUGCGAUCAUCAAUGGUGGAUUCAAUCGAAAUUCAGCCUCAGCUAUGGCACCCUUCGACAAAGAGUUCUACAUAACACUUGCUCUUUCCGCGGGAGGCAUUUCCGAUUUCCCUGAUGGUUGCAUGUCAGGGGUCAAUGUUAAACCUUGGCAAAAUAGUCAUCCGAAGGCGGAGCUUAUGUUCUGGAAUGCCCGGGAUAAAUGGGGUCGUACAUGGACUGAACAGAGUUCUCGAUUAGUGGUUGACUAUGUUCGAGUGUGGGCGUUAUAGGGGGCAAACAGGUGAAACAUAGAUUUUGAUGCAUUUAAUUUUAGGUUGGAAGACUGUGAAAGACUUAUCUGAAUACUUUUAAUUUAGGAAUAAAUAUAUGUUGCCAUAUGAAGUUUAA